AUGCGCAAUAUCCGAAGUAAAAAAAAACACGAGAAAAUGUUGAAUUUUUUAAGUCCAUUGCGACUAGCUAGUCGGGUGUUCCCAAUAGUGCGAUGGUCCAGGAGUUACGACUUUCGAACGGGUAUCGGAGACCUUAUAGCUGGGAUAACUGUAGCACUUACAUUGAUACCACAAUCUAUCGCGUACGCUUCGUUGGCUGGCCUUGAACCACAGUACGGAUUAUACGCAUCAUUUGCGGGUGCUUUUGUGUACGCAAUAAUGGGCAGUUGUCCUCAAAUAAACGUCGGGCCUACUGCGUUGCUGUCGCUCCUCACUUUUACAUACACCAGCGGAACUAAUCCCGACCUUGCAGUACUUUUAUGUUUUAUAAGCGGCAUUGUCACUUUGGUGGCUGGAAUUGCGCAACUUGGAUUUCUUAUUGAAUUUGUUUCAUUGCCUGUUGUUUCUGGUUUUACAUCAGCGGCAGCUAUAACCAUUGCAUCGUCCCAGAUUAAGGGCCUCCUUGGCUUAAGAUUCAAUGCGGAAACAUUUAAAUCAACUUGGGAAGGGGUAUUCCAUCAUAUAGCUGAUACUCGAAUGCAAGAUACCUUACUAGGUUUGGCAUGUUGUAUUGUGCUUUUAGGAAUGAAGGCUAUGAAAGAUGUUCGUCUAAAAGAACCACAAGAUGAUAAAGGCCGCCGCAGUGCGAUUAUAAUUCAAAGGGCUUUAUGGUUUGUAAGCGUCUCAAGAAAUGCCGUCGUGAUUAUAAUAACAUCUAUAUUGGCAUUUCUCUUUCACCGGGACAAAGGCGAUCCUUUGAUACUUACCGGUACUAUAACGCCGGGGCUACCUACACCACAACUGCCGCCGUUCCACAGUAUUAUUGGAAAUACUACUGUUACUGCAGGGCAAAUGUUAGUGCACCUCGGAUCUGGAUUGAUUGUGGUUCCCUUAGUUGGAAUUAUAUCUAAUGUUGCUAUUGUCAAGGCGUUUUCCAGAGGCAAAACGUUGGACGCAACUCAAGAAAUUGUCGCUUUGGGAGCUUGCAAUAUUAUAGGCGCUUUCUUUCGAUCGUAUCCAGUAAACGGUUCGUUCACACGUAGCGCCGUUAGCGACACAUCCGGUGUGAAAACUCCAGCAGCGGGAUUGUAUACUGGAGUAAUAGUUUUAUUGACCCUUGCGUUGCUAACGCCUUACUUCUAUUUUAUACCCCGCGCGGCGCUUUCUGCGGUCAUUAUGUGUGCCGUUCUACAUAUGGUGGAUCUAGCUAUAAUAAAGAAAUUAUGGACUACAAGCAGAUUGGACCUGAUACCUCUUGCGGGAACUUUUAUUUGCUGUCUUGCUUUCGGCAUUGAACUUGGAUUGGCUUGCGGCGUCGCUAUCGAUAUAUUAUUACUUCUCUACUAUCAUUCCCGACCACCUCUCCAAGUAGAGUUUGUUAACGAUGGAACAAUAACACCUCAUUAUGCCGUACGUCUAAUCGGCGGUUUACAUUUUGCCGGCGCGGAACAGUUGAGGGCAAGAUUAAGCGACCUAAGAAAUUCUAAGAAUAUAUUUGUUGGCUCUAACUCUCACGCUAUGGAAACAUCUAGAGCACUAGUUAGUGACAUUGAUGUGAGAAUCAAUGUACCCAAUGGAAACAUAAAUACGAUGGAUAGACAGACAUCGAAAGUUUUAGUGAUACAUUGCGACGCUUUGAGUAGAAUGGAUUAUACCUUCUUACAGAGUAUGAAGAUGUUUGUGUCAGAAUGGUCACGCGAUGGCUGUGUAAUUUGGUGCGACGUUAAUCCCAGAAUUAAAGAACAACUGAAUAGCGUCAUGAAUGAUCCUUUGUACUGUAAUUAUGACCAAUUGUUGUCAUUGCUUUCAAAUAUUACCGCGACAGCAAACUCUCAAGCAAGUAACAAUUCUGGCGAUACACAAUUAUGA